AUGAUGCUAAGAAGUAGAAGAAGAAGAAGAAAAAGAGUGUCCUCGUCUAUGCUACAACUUCUACUGUGUCGUCGUGGUCGUCGCUUGCUAUCUUACUUCUCGAGUGCGCUUGCUUCUGCCUGUUUGACAUUAGUUGGCGUGUGUGGUGAGGUGGAACAAGUAGAUCACGCAAUGCCGCUACUAGAAGAGCCCCAUGUCCCACAUUUCGACAAGAAUCUCGCUGAAGCCUUAACAAAAUGCUGGAGUCGCCUGUCUAUACCCGACAGAGAAGAGCAUGCUGAACAACCAGACGCUCAUUUCUUCUCGUGGAUUGCAGAGUGCUUACUCGAUUAUGACCAAGAUAGAGUAGGCGGCCACGACGAAGAAGUCAAACCACAAACACAAUCAGAACAAGUCACACAAGAAUCAGUAUCAGACAUUAUCAUUAAAGAGGAAGAGCCAUUCGCCUCAGGCAUAGAUCGGCAUGAGCACUUAGAGUAUCUAGUAUUGAAUUCCGCAGUUGGGGGUCGAGGCGAAUUGGAAAAGACAGCACAGAACCUAAAACUAUUGGGACAAAGCGAUAAUUAUUUGAACAAAUUGGACAUGUAUCAUAGUACACAACAUACUUCUUCGAGUAAUCUUGAACACAUGAUGCAAGAGGAUGUGGAUGAAGCCGUGUUUUUCAACUCGCAGUAGCCACAGAAAGUGGUGGACCUUUUCGUUGUGUACAUGACAACCAAUGUGUUGCACGCAAGGGCAACGUACUUAUGUUGACCACUAUGAUGUGGCACGUCGCAC